AUGCCUCGAGCAGAGGUUGGAAGCCAGAAAUGGCUGGCCAACAAGAUGAAGGCCAAGGGCCUUCAGAAGCUGAAGUGGUAUUGCCAGAUGUGUGAGAAGCAGUGUCGUGACGAGAAUGGUUUCAAGUGUCACCGUCUCUCCGAAGGUCACCAGCGGAUGAUGCAAGUGUUUUGCCAGAAUGCAGGCAGGUUCAUGGACGGGUUCUCGAAGGCGUUUGAGCACGAAUUCAUGAAGCUAAUGCGCACGCGUUACUGCAAAACCAAGAUACUGGCCAACUCAGUGUACCAGGAGGUGAUAUCGGACAAGGAGCAUGUGCACAUGAAUGCCACCGUCUGGGUGACCUUGUCGGAGUUCGUGCUCUAUUUGGGCCGGAGUGGCAAGUGCAAGGUCGAGGACACCCCCCGCGGGUGGAUGAUCGAAUACAUCGACCAGGACCAAAUCCGCCGCGAUCAGGAUGCGGAGGCCCGGCGUAAGCGCGAGAUAUCUCUAGAGCAGCGGCACCAAAAGCUUAUCCAGAAAAUGAUCGAGGACGCUCGCAAACGUGGCGGUUUCCAGGAACCCGAAUACACCCCGCUGAUGAAAGAGAGCGACGAGAAGCUACGUUUCGAGACGAACCUCAUCAAACCCGUGGCGGAGGCCACUCCCGAGAAGAAGUCCAACGUCUUCAUGGAGCUAUGCAAGAAGGCGAAGUCGACCAGUGCAUCGCCAACAUCUGACGCCCCAAAGCCGUCCAAUGAGCCUCCUCCGAAGCGCAAAACCGCAAUAGAGAUGCUAAUGACGCUGAAUGGCGCCAAACGGCAAGCAGUUGCCAAAGACGCCCCUAAGGCAGAUACCGCCGCAACCGACGCCACAGAUGCCGGUGCAUCAGAUAAGUGGCUGAUGACCGGCAUCCAAGUGCGGGUAAUUCUACAAUCGCAUCCUUUAUACAAGCACAAGUGCCGCGUGGUGAAAAUUAUGGGCGGCGGUGUACGGGCGCUCAUACAGGACAUCGAGGGCUCCGGUAACUAUCAGGUUGACUCGAACCACGUGGAGACUGUGAUUCCUCCAGUGGGUUCCAAGGUCAUGGUUUUGCGCGGAGCGCACCGCGGCCGUGUGGGUUCCCUCACCGAAACGAGACCGGAUGAUCUGCAGGCGUCUGUACGCCUUGACAACGGCGCCGUGCUGGAGAGUGUACAUUACGACGACAUCAGUCGUACUGAUUAG